GAAACUCGAUCCGGGGUUCUGGCAGGGACUGCAUGGCUAAGUCCGGGUUGCAGUUUCCUCCUCCUUGCAGUGUCUUACAGUUGGGGUAUGCGCCUGGUGUCUACCAACAAUCGAUUCUCGGACCACCGCCGUGUCCAGCGCCUGCUCCUACGUUCGAGAGACCACAGUCUGCAAGACGACGUGCACGCCACGAGAUAUGGAACAGUCCUUACGCGCAAUAUCUGCUUGACACUCCAACACAAGGUCAGCCACGUGUUCCUCAUCGAACAUACCAUCGACCGCCAAAGAACAAUCAAUUUCAACUCGAGAAACGAAUGCGACAGCAACGAAGUCGAGAGCAAGAGUUCAAGGGACAGAGACGUUUUACGAGAGGACAUCACAAGAUUGAUCCAUUGUUAUGGAAACCGGCAGUACCUAAGAUAGAGACCUCAGAUCAAAUUGAAAAAUGGAGACAAGAUAGAAGAAGGAAUUACCCAACUGCAGAAAAUGUACGUCAUAAGAUUGAGGGAGAAAUGAAGAGGCACACAAUGGGUGCUGUAGCACAAGCAUUGGAUUUAAAACGUGGAAGAAGGUUGUUGUUCUGUUAUAAAUUAUUUUGUACUUAUCAUAUGCUUUUUAGGCACAAGCAAUGGAAUCAGAGAAGACAGCAUUGUACAAACAGUGCUUUUGUUACCCAGGCUAUCAGCAACCAGGAAAGUACGAGCAAACGUGUCUCCACAGAACAAGUCAAUGUCGAUGCUGCUCAUCAGCAGUGUACUGCAUCGGCAUUGCAGGCGUUAGCAGGUUAUGGAAGUAACUCAGAUUCAGAAGAGGUCACAUCUGAUUUAGCUAAUGAGAGGAAGGCGAGCAGUGUUAUUUGUGCAGUCACAACAGACAAAGUUGAGAAGCCUAGUUUGCAAGACAUACAACAGCCACCUCAAAGACAGAAACAGGUCAAUCAAUUUGGUAGAGCAAAGAACUUAAAAUGUAGAAAGAAGGGACGUAAAUCAGAUUCUGUGCAAGAGAUCGGUAGAUUUCGACGGCCAUCGCUUUUGCAAAAGCUCUUGGCUAGAGAAAUACAACAAGAAAGGAAUAUAUUGUUGCAAUGCAUUAGAUACAUUGUACGGAAUGACUUCUUCAGGACGUGAUAGAUCAAGAUUGUGUUAUCAAUUAUUAAAUAUAAUCAUUAUUUACCAUUGUGCGGAAUAAACAGUAGACACAAUGUGCUCAUAGUCCAUGCUUUUUAGUAACACUGUAACACGUUAGUUUGU